CUCUCGUGGACGCCUCCUCAGAGGCCCUCCGGCGCGCGCGCUCCCGCCCUUGUUUUGUUUGGACUUGGGGGAGGAGGGGGAGCUCUUCCCUGGCCGUGCGACCCUGCGUCCCAGCGCGCCUGCGUCGGCGUCCUCCACCCGCCCCGAUUGGCUGUGGGUUGCGCAUGCUCCGAGGCCCGCCGCGGCCCGGCGUCCGCCUGCGCCCUCCCCUCACCCCACUCCCUCAGCGGUUUUCGGAGCCGGUUCGAAAGAUGCCGGCGGCGGUGACUGGCUGCGGCGGGCCCGCCCCCCGGGUUCUCCGCCCCCGCCGCCGCCAUUACGGAGCUCCCAGUGGUUGAUUCUUCACCACACUGAAACCAUUAGGAAAAAUCCUUGUGGUUAACAGCAGAGGCUUCAGAGUGUAACCUGUACUCGGGCCUAGAAAUUAUUUAAAAUGGCGACUGAUACGUCUCAAGGUGAACUCGUCCAUCCUAAGGCACUCCCACUUAUAGUAGGAGCUCAGCUGAUCCACGCGGACAAGUUAGGUGAGAAGGUAGAAGAUAGCACCAUGCCGAUUCGUCGAACUGUGAAUUCUACUCGGGAAACUCCUCCCAAAAGCAAGCUUGCUGAAGGGGAGGAAGAAAAGCCAGAACCAGAUGUAAGUUCAGAGGAAUCUGUCUCCACUGUAGAGGAACAAGAGAAUGAAACGCCACCUGCCACUUCGAGUGAGGCAGAACAGCCAAAGGGUGAACCUGAGAAUGAAGAGAAGGAAGAAAAAAAGUCUUCUGAGGAAACCAGAAAGGAUGAGAAAGAUCAAUCUAAAGAAAAGGAGAAGAAAGUGAAAAAAACGAUUCCUUCCUGGGCUACCCUUUCUGCCAGCCAGCUAGCCAGGGCCCAGAAACAAACACCAAUGGCUUCUUCCCCACGUCCCAAGAUGGAUGCAAUCUUAACUGAGGCCAUUAAGGCUUGCUUCCAGAAGAGUGGUGCAUCAGUAGUUGCUAUUCGAAAAUACAUCAUCCAUAAGUAUCCUUCUCUGGAGCUGGAGAGAAGGGGUUAUCUCCUUAAACAAGCACUGAAAAGAGAAUUAAAUAGAGGAGUCAUCAAACAGGUUAAAGGAAAAGGUGCUUCUGGAAGUUUUGUUGUGGUUCAGAAAUCAAGAAAAACACCUCCGAAAUCCAGAAACAGAAAGAAUAGGAGCUCUGCAGUGGAUCCAGAACCACAAGUAAAAUUGGAGGAUGUCCUCCCACUGGCCUUUACUCGCCUUUGUGAACCUAAAGAAGCUUCCUACAGUCUCAUCAGGAAAUAUGUGUCUCAGUAUUAUCCUAAGCUUAGAGUGGACAUCAGGCCUCAGCUGUUGAAGAAUGCUCUGCAGAGAGCAGUAGAGAGAGGCCAGUUAGAACAGAUAACUGGCAAAGGUGCUUCGGGGACAUUCCAGCUGAAGAAAUCAGGGGAGAAACCCCUGCUUGGUGGAAGCCUGAUGGAAUAUGCAAUCUUGUCUGCCAUUGCUGCCAUGAAUGAGCCGAAGACCUGUUCUACCACUGCUCUGAAGAAGUAUGUCCUGGAGAAUCACCCAGGAAGCAAUUCUAACUAUCAAAUGCAUUUGCUGAAAAAAACCCUGCAGAAAUGCGAAAAGAAUGGGUGGAUGGAACAGAUCUCUGGGAAAGGUUUCAGUGGCACCUUCCAGCUCUGUUUUCCCUAUUAUCCCAGGUAAGCACUUAGCCCGUAAUAGAUCACUGUAAAUU